ACACCUCACACACAUCUCUCUCUCUCCUCGCCGAAAAUGGCUGAUCGAACAAACCCUAGCAGCCACACCCAACAGAGACCCAUCUAUAACUCAACCACCGUCCCUCGCAGCAACACCACCACCAACCACCCCCUCUCAUCUCUUCUCCGUCAGCUACUACAAUCGCAGUCUCCUAAUCACUCCGGUCAACUCUUCGGCUUCCUCGCAUUCUUCAUCUCCGGUGGAAUACUCCUUUUACUCACCGGAAUCACUGUCACCGCUUUCGUCCUUGGAUUCAUUGCUUUUCUCCCACUCAUCAUUAUCUCAAGCCCUAUUUGGAUCCCUUUGUUCCUUAUCGUAACCGGAUUCUUGUCCCUCGCUGGACUCAUCUUGGCUACAGGGGCUGUUGUGUCGUGGUUGUAUCGAUAUUUUAAAGGCAUGCAUCCAUUAAGGUCGGAUCAGGUUGAUUAUGCUCGGAGUCGAAUUCAUGACACGGCGGCUCAUGUCAAAGAUUAUGCUGGUGGGUACUUCCAUGGUACGCUGAAAGAUGCAGCACCUGGUGCAUGAAAGGUUGACCCUUAACCGUAUAGUUUGGUCUCAUGUAGAAAUUACACGGUUUUUUUCCCUCUUAAUUGUGUUGUUUCCUGUGUUUUUUUUUAUUGUCUCUCUUGGUAUCAUCAAUAUAUGAAUGUGGUCUCUGUUUGUAUGAAUGUCACUUUAGCAACAUCAACAAAAAAUUAUAG